AUGACGGAGCGCUUCCGUCGCAUCCUGAAUCUGCGGAAAACACCAGUCAGCACGGAGCUGUACGGAGUUGGAGCUGAACGCAAAUCAGUUGCCUAUUCGGUGGUCGCCACCGUGUGUUCCCGAUUCAACAAAUACCGAACGGUCCUCGAGUUUCUCGUCCUCCAAAAGGUCACAACUAACCUACCGACCACUUCCGUCGAAACCGACGAUUGGGACAUUCCAAGUCACGUCCAGCUAGCGGAUCCGACUUUUGCGACAUCGAACCCAAUCGACAUGGUCAUCGGCAGCGAAGUAUUCUUCGAACUACUGCGCAAGGGACGCAUGCGCAUCGACGACGACAAGCCAAUGCUCCAAAAUUCCGUAUUCGGUUGGCUCGUCUCCGGCGCGUUCCGUGGUACCAGCGUAUCCAGUCGACUCGUCAGUCACGUUACCACCAUGGAAAGUCUCGAGCAGCAAGUCGCACGGUUUUGGGAAAUCGAAUCUUGCGGAACCAAUUCGAUUUGGUCGCCGGAGGAAAAACUCUGCGAGGAAAUCUAUACGACUACUACAAGCAGGGACAAGACUGGUCGUUACGUCGUGGAGCUGCCGAAGCAUUCAGAGCUGAUGAGUCAACUUGGUGACUCUCGCUCUAUUGCUGUCCGACGGUUUUACGCGAUUGAACGCCGCCUGCAACGAGAACCGGAACUGCAACGCCAGUACGACGCUUUCAUGGCCGAGUAUCUGUCUCUUGGCCACAUGAAGCUCGUCGAUCCAGUGGUAGACAUUCCCGGUCAGCACUACUACCUGCCACACCACGCUGUGGUCAGGCCAGACAGCACGACAACGAAGCUCCGUGUUGUGUUCGACGGUUCGUGCAAAACGACAUCCGGAUUCGCCCUCAACGACAUUCUGCUGAAGGGACCCACAAUCCAGGACACUUUGCUGUCGCAGUUGUUCCGUUUUCGCAUGAAGCCGGUCGUCAUCAAAGGUGACAUCGAAAAGAUGUACCGCCAGGUGCUGGUAGCAGAAAGCGAUCAAGCGUUUCAGAGGAUUGUUUACCGCAGCUCUCCCACCGAUCCGCUCCAAACCUACCAGCUCAAAACCGUCACUUACGGUACAAAGACGGCACCGUACCUAGCUACGCGAUGCCUCGAGCAGCUCUCGAUCGACGAGGCUGCCAACUAUCCCGCUGCAGCUCCCGUUGUUAAGAGUAGCUUCUACGUCGACGACCUCCUGGCUGGGUUCGACUCGCUCGACGAAGCUAUGGCAGCGACCAAGCAGAUUAUCCCGAUGCUGGCGUCCGCUGGUCUUUCGCUACGGAAAUGGUCAUCUAACCGCCGCCAGAUCCUCGAAGACAUCCCAGUGGAGUACCGGGAAACCCAAAAACUUUUGGAGCUCGACAAUUCAGCUCCGAUCCAAGCACUCGGACUUCUGUGGGAGCCAAACUCGGAUGAUCUUCGCUUCAAGGUGCCGGAGUGGUCGCACGACAAGCCUCCAACCAAGCGGAGUGUCCUCUCACAGACAGCUAGCCUUUUUGAUCCAUACGGACUCCUGGGUCCAGUGAUUGUUAAAGCGAAGAUUUUCAUCCAACACAUUUGGGAGUUGAAGCUGGGCUGGGACGAUCCACUGCCGGACGAGCUCAGCAGUUAUUGGUUGACUUUCGUCCUGACACUGCCAGCGCUUUGCGAGCUGCACGUUCCGCGUUUCGCACUGACGGACAAUGCAGCAUCGGUUCAACUUCACGGAUUCUGUGACGCUUCUCUACAAGCGUAUGGAGGGUGCCUUUACCUGCGCUCAACAUCAAGCUACGGUAAAGUUGUAAUCCAGCCGGUUGCUGGCAAGUCUCGCGUUGCACCUCUGGAACGGAAGCGGCCUCUACUUCCUCGGUUAGAGCUUUGCGGAGCUUUCCGUCUCGCCGUUCUGCAGAAGGAAUUCCUGGACAGCACCGGCCUCGAGUGUGAACGCACGUUUUGGUGUGACUCAACGAUCACGCUGCACUGGUUGUCCUCCGAACCAUCGAGAUGGAAGACGUUCGUCGCCAACCGCGUUGCAGAGAUCCAGCAGCUGACGAAAGGUGCAGUUUGGAACUACAUUUCGACAGCCGACAAUCCAGCUGACCACAUCUCGCGUGGUCUUGACGCUCCAGAGCUUCUGCGCUGUGAAGUUUGGUGGCGAUGUCCACGCUGGAUGAUGCGUACUGUCAACGUCUGGCCUGCAUCCAGGCUCAGAUGGAGAGAUCUUCGGAUCAACCAAGCCGAUCUCGAACCCCGUCAGCCACCGCCUGUGCCCGCUUUAGUUGCCAACCCAACGACUCAGCAGAAAGAUUGGUUCCAGCACGCUUUCGAGGAUUACGAUUCGCUGUUCGAUGUCGUUCGAGUUCUUGGUUUUUGUAGACGAUUCGUUGCGAACGUGAACAACAAACAACUAGGUAACCCAAAGCAGACAGGAUACCUGACGGUCGCUGAGUUCCGCUCGGCUGAAGCAGCGCUCCUCCGUCACGUUCAAGCUUUGUCAUUUCCGGAAGAACUUCGUCUGAUGUCCAGAGAAGAACAAGUUCCGCGACGUUCGCCCCUGUUCCACCUCGCGCCGUUCCUAGGACCAGACAAGCUGAUCCGUGUUGGUGGUCGACUAACGAACGCAGAGAUUCCGUACGAUCAGAAGCACCCGAUCCUCCUGCCGAAAGGACACCCGGUAACGAACUUAGUGUUCCUCGAUGCUCACACGCAAACUCUCCACGCUGGUCCGUCGCAUCUGCUGGCAGCAGUUCGCCGACGGUACUGGCCAAUCGACGGUCGAAACAAGGCACGCAGCGUCAUCAAGGAGUGCAUCACCCGGUCCCGGUAUUUAAGCUAA